AUGGACUAUUACGGUCAAGAUUCGGGAAGUGAAGCAUGGAGUGAGCGCUACGAGGACUGUCGUGGCGUGGAGAGGUCGGUCAUUGUGCAGACCGUGGUGCAGCGGCUGGAGAACGCUAGUUGGCGUCGCGCUGGUCUUAGGGACCCGGGAAGCGCGAGUGAGGAAGUGGCGGCUGCCGCGCAGGAACAUGAUGAAGGGUCCACGGACGCCGCAGAGAACAAGGGAGUUAUGAGCCAAGACACGGUUGCGGGUCUAACUAAGGGAACGGCUGCCGUCUUGACGGAGGUGAAGACGGAGCCUGUCGCAAAGGAGAAACAAGGCAGGAAUACGGAAGUGUUCGACUCCGGCUAUGAUGGCGAGUGUCAGAGCUACAGGAACGGCCAUGCCACGAGCUACGCGUCAAGGUGUGAGUCGAGGUGCUAUGAUGGCUGCGCCGCCAAUCAGCCGAUGACAUGA